UCAGGGCCAGGCUCCGACCAUGUCUUUCCUGACUCCGGUCUUGGUGGCCGUUGUGUGCAUUUUGAUUGUGUGGAUCUAUAAAAGUGCUGACAGACGUCUGCAGAGAAAGAAGGAGGGGACCCCAACUCCCCCGUGGGUGGAUGAAGACUUGAAAGACACCACUGACCCCCAGCAGGCCGAGGAAGAUGCUGAUGAGUGGCCAGAGGUGGAGGAAAGUGUUGAGCUCAUCCCGUACUAUCACACUCGCUAUCCAGAGGAGGAAAUGGCCACGAGGUCCCGGGAGUUUUAUGAACUCCUCCGCCAGCGACGGUCCGUGCGGUCCAUCAGCGAGGAGCAAGUGCCCAUGGAAGUCAUUGAAAACGUCAUCAAAGCGGCAGGAACAGCACCGAGCGGGGCCCACACGGAGCCCUGGACCUUUGUGGUUGUGAAGGACCCGGUUGUGAAGCAUAAAAUCCGGGAGAUUAUUGAGGAGGAAGAGGAAAUUAACUACAUGAAAAGAAUGGGACGCCGAUGGGUCACAGACUUGAAGAAACUGAGAACGAAUUGGAUUAAAGAAUAUUUGGACACUGCCCCUGUUUUGAUUCUCAUUUUUAAACAAGUGCAUGGUUUUGCUGAGAAUGGCAGGAGAAAGGUGCACUACUACAAUGAGAUCAGCGUUUCCAUCGCCUGCGGCAUCCUGCUGUCCGCACUGCAGAAUGCAGGGCUGGUGACGGUCACCACCACGCCCCUCAACUGCGGUCCUCGUCUCAGGGUGCUCCUGGACCGCCCCACAAAUGAGAAGCUGCUGGUGCUGCUCCCUGUGGGGUACCCCGGCAAAGAGGCCCUGGUACCCAACCUCAGCAGGAAAGCCCUGGACCAGAUCAUGGUGACAGUGUAGGCAGGAGCCUGUGGGGGAGCUGCUCAGACGGGCCUGCUCCCCUCCUCUCCCCUCUGCUCUCGCGCCCAGUCAGGUCUCUCCAGGCCCAGUCAGGCCUCUCCAGGCCGGCAGCAGGGAGGCUGUCCGCGUGACACUGUUCUCCGCUCUCCAGCACGUUGAGUCCAAUGUUCUCACCAGCUGUGUGAGGAGGGGAAUGGAGGUACAAGAGACCAUCAAGGAUGUCCACUUGCAUUUCUUAUCUACACCGGAAGUGCCUUGAUGCUGUACUAAGAAUAUGCCCCACCUAGUACAUGUUAAAAACCAUUGUCGAAAAUCACUGGUAGCAUUUUAAAUUAAAACAAAACAACAGCAAC